GGCGACACUGACCGAAAAGAGUAACGUUACCGAUAUUAAGUCCUCACGACUGUCGAAAAGUCAGCAAUUUUAAAAUAAAGGUUACGCAGGUGGCAGUAUGAAGUGAACCCAGAACGCCACAUUGCGCAUGCGCAAAUGUUCACGCGUGGAUCCAGGAACUGUCAGCAUGACUUUGAAUUAAGGAAUAGCAAACGAUAUAGUUUAUUUUCAUAAAGCAAGCAAUCAAUAACAGUUUUUUUGGUAGUACAAUGGCCACUCCAGCUAUUCGGAUGUURCGGAGGUUAGAGGGCCUCUUUUGCGUCUACAAACCCGCCGGUGUCCACUGGUCGCUCGUGCGGGACACCAUCGAGACUAAUCUGCUGAAAGGUGUAAACGCGAAACCUGCGCCUGUUCCUCGCCAUGUCCGCUUCCUGGAGAGCCCGAGCGAUGAACCCGGAGGAGUCCCGCUGCUGUCUGCAGCCUCAGUACCUGCUCUGUCUCAGCAUCCUUUAGUAACCGGACCUGAAUUUAGGCACAUUCGAGUUGGAGUGGGGCAUCGCCUGGAUAUUUCGUCUUCUGGUGUUUUCGUUAUUGGUGUUGGGAAUGGKAACAGAGCCCUGAAUGACCUCUACUACACCCGGACCACAAGGGAUUAUACACUGGAAUGUGAGUUUGGGAUGGCAACACAAGACUUUACUCAUAAGGGUCGAAUUGUGGAAAGAUCUACUUAUGAUCACAUCACGCUGGAAAAACUAGAGAGAGUGAUUGCAAUGCUGGAGGGAGCCAACCAGAAGGCCUUGAGACUGUCUUCUAACAUCGACAUGAGCUCACAGGAGGCCUAUGAGAAGGCCGUGCAAGGUUUGCUGGGUCCAGAUGGGAAAUCAAAUCCUAUUUUGACAGGCUUGCGUUGCAUUCACUUCCAGCCCCCCAGUUUCACGUUAGAGGUGCAGUGCCUAAAGGAAACCCAGAAAUAUUUACGUAAAGUUGUGCACGAGAUAGGACUGGAGCUGCUCAGCACGGCGGUGUGUAAACACGUGAGACGGACACGGGACGGACUUUUCACCCUGCAGGACGCGCUCACCCGUGACCACUGGACUGCUGCUGAUAUUAUGCAGGCCGUGUACAACUACCACGCCAUGAAGAGAAGGAGAAAACACUCCCAGUUACUGAUCGACAAACCAACGUUAGAAACAUCUGUAGAAAAACUGACUGCCACACAACAAAGCCAAACAAAUGAAGACGUAUCAGGAGGCGGAGUUUAGUGACGGAUUAGGGGUAAAACAAUAAUGAUGUUCGUCCUGAAAGACACGUGAUCAGCAUCAAUAGAAAAUCCAUCCGAUAGAAUGUUGAUGAUUUCACUGAACUCCUGUCCAGCACUGCAAGGCAUUGUGGGGGGUGUAGGCAGAGGGAGGGCUUUAGCUGAGCAAGGUUGCUAAGCUAGCAACAACCUGUUGAGUAACCUGCGCAGCUGCAGUUUCAUGUUURGCCUCGUAACUGCUUAAAAAUAAAAACGAUGCGGAGUGAAAAGAGAAAAAAAAAAAACAGCUCGAGAGGAAAGAUCACGUCACCAGUUUGGCAGAAAUAAUCAAUCUUUAUUCUCGUGGGCCUUAUUUCAAAUGGGUAAAACAAAACAAAACAAAAAUAAACUAAUUCAAUAUUGACUGAUCUGAAACACUGAGCUCCAGCCCUGAUAAUAGUCUUUACUGACACGGCAGCUCCACAGUUUUCUUUCCAUGAGCACCAUCUACUGUAGAGGAAAAAGUGAAACUUAUUGCAGUUUGUUAUAUUUCCUCUGCAAAUCGUGUUUAAAUGUUUUAUUCUUUUUAUUGUGCUUACAUAUAUAUAUUUUUUUCUUCUUUGUUCUUAGGUUUUCUUAGACUUUGUAAUGUUUUUUAUCAUAACUGUUGGAGAGGCCCGCACAAGAAUUCCAAUGUGUGUAAACUGCUAGUUUAUGCACAGAUGGCACACAAACAUCUAUCUCUAAAUCGUGUGCUUCAGUCCAUUUGAAAGACUUUUUUUACAGCAAGUUUCAAGAAACAACUUUGUAAUUUAUCACAGUUGAUGUCAUUUAAUGGAUUUUACUUUUAAAACGUACUUUAUUAAAGUCACUCUAUCAGAUCUGUAA